UACAUAAUUCGAAAUGGUGUAAAGUAUUUUGAAUAAAUGGUGGUAGCUGCAGCAUACUGGGUUUCGUGUCGAAUGAUGGAUUUUCUUUUCUCUACAGUUACCAACUACAGGAUUUUUCGCUCAAGAUAUACUUAAUCCUUGGAGGAUGCUUAAGUGCCUCAAGGAAACACCGCUGAGACGAAGGAAGAAGAAGCCCAUGUAAACAAUAACAUUGAGAGAAACGUCAUUCCAGAUCUAUUAGCCACUGAUCACCCAUAUUUGAGGAUUGUUUGGUAAUGAGUCGUGCAGAAAAUGAUGCGUAUUGGGGAUCAACAGACACAGCAUCCUCUGCCCUUGACAAUUUCUUUGAUGAAGAUGAGACUCAGAGAAUGCAGCAUCUGGAGCUAGCCGUGGAAAGUUGACCAAAGGGGUUGGGAAAGCCAUUGGAGAGAAACUAGAUUCAUGGAAGCCUCCUACUGUUUCAAUCAAAUGGAACUCACAAGGACCUUCAGCUGAUGGCUGUGUGCUUUGUGAAUCUAAAAACGAAGAAAUUGCUCACCUUAAGAAACGGUUGGAGAACUCUUACUCAAGAUACAGUAUGACAUUACCACCUGAAGAUAUGGUGAGUCGAAUCAUGCUUGGACAUCCAUUUUCUCUCGAAAGUUACAGAAGUCUGGAAGACAAGUUAGCAUUAAUUGAUUCUGCUCUGGCUGUCAUGGAUAGCAGUGCAAUCCUGGUGACUGUUUUGCAUUUGAAAAAUACUGUCAAGAAAAGCAUAUUUAUUAAGGAAAUGCAGUCUAGAGUGCAAGCUGUUCAGGUCUAUGUUCACUACCUAAAACAGCGUUACAAUUUUACCGAGGCCAUAGACUUUCUAGGAAACCUUGGCAAGCAUGAAGAUGCUGCUAUUCUUACUUACAAGUGGACACUAGCUGGGAAGUCUCCGAGUACAAAAGUGAAAAAUCUCGUGAAAGCACUACAGUCUCAUUUCAGUGAUCCUGCUAUGGCUUUUGAAGCUACUGCAUUGAAGGACCACCAUCAGUUGUUAGAGAGGCAAAUACAGAUAGAGGCUGCUAAUCAAAGCACAAGUCAGGCAGUAGAUGAAUCCAAAGAAAAAGGACUAGUAGUUGAUUCUUCUGUACUGGCAACUCUUUUGUACUGCUGUAUGCAUAAUUGGGAUGCCCCAGAAUCUAAUGUUGGGAGUCCAAUGGCACUUAGGAAAGCUCAUAACAUAACUGACAGACAACUUCUAUGGACAGCGCUUCGAGGACGAGCACAAAUUAGUCAUUGGCCAUUACCAAGUGACUUAGAAGCCUGGAUGGGGAACAAAGGUGUACUACUUGGAGCCUUAACUUCAAUCAAGUCUGUCUUGAGUGGAUCUGGUAGAGUAGUCAAAUCAACUCUGCCAAUUGAUCAAGUAGUAUACAUGCUUCAAAGUACAGAUGCUCCAUCAAAUGUUCUUGCAUCUUACAUAAUGCUAGUCGAUUCAUUAGAUGUUCGUUUGAAACUGGCUGUGAACUGCAAAUCAUACCAAGCUGUUAUUGAUGUUUAUAUUGCUCAAAAAGAUCCUGACUCCCUUGAAAAGUAUAUGAAGGAGAUCCCUGGUGGUUCACCAGAAUACCUCAAAGCAGAAAAUGCAUUAAAGAGUUUGCGAGGGAAAAGCUGAAUUUUUCUUCUGGCCUUCUGUCAUAUACUGUUGUUGAAAUUUUUUAUAUUUAUAUAUAUAAACUGCUUGUUUCAUACUGAUGGAAAACUAUUACCCUACUUUUGUAUAAAAAGAUAUUAUAGGAAGGAAUGAUAAUUUUACUUUACUUCCUUUUAUUUGUAGAUCAAUUUUUUAUGAAUUUCUAAAGAACCUUUACUACUACAUACUUGAAUAUUAAAAGCUACUACCAAAGUUAUUAAUAAGCGCUGUACCUACUCAUAAGCACUGUACAUUCAGGGAACAAAAGACAAUUUUUUUUUUUAAACAGAAGGCAGCGCUCCUACUCAUAUUGCUAGAUUUACUCAUUAUGUUCUCAGAUUAGUUUUUGGGAUGCCUGUGUUCAUGUAUGCAAUAUAUGCAAUAUUUUCUUCUUUACUAUAUGUGAUAUAACAGCAAUUAUGUAUAUUGUUAAAGUUGUCUUUAAUUAGUAUAUACUAUACAAAUUCAAUGUUAAAAUAAGUAUGUAUUUUAUGCAGUAUAUUGGGAUAAGAACUUUAUUUGUUAUUAAUAAUUUUAAUGACCUUUUGCUUUCUUUGGGAUGGAUAUUGCAGUGAUUACCUGUUGUGGUCGUGUUAUUGUGGAAAUAAAAGCUUGUGGUGGAGUUGGGAGUGGGAAAAUAAAUGUAGUAAACUAAAUAAACUUACACAUAAGAGCGAAGUGCUGUGAUGUAUGACUAAAUCUAAAAUAUGUUAAGAUAAUCAAUGCUGGAUUUUCUUUUUGUAAUGUGAAGGCCUCCCAUUAAUAUUUUGAACUCUGUGAAAAUGAAGCAAAGUAUUCCUUUGGAAAUGGGGCAGUGAUUUACAGGAGUUUGCUGCAGAUCUCUAGAAACCGUCAAGCGAGUAAGUGAAGUCUAGAGGUCAUGUAGUAAGGAGUAAAUUAUCCCAAGAAAGACCCAGGAGGAGAUUAAUUUUUUGGCAAAAAAAUUGCUUUGAACUCACAGAGGGAAAAUGACCAUUUACUAAACCAACAGUUAAGCUCAGUCAUAAGUUGCCCUUUCUUUCUUUUUAUUUUCACUUGAUAAAAAAAUGAAUGAAAGAAUAAUUGUACCAAGAAUCAAGGAGAGAUUGUUAAAGCUUUCAAGAUUUAGUGAUAUUUUGUAACAAUUGCUGCAGGAGUUUGAUAUAAUUUGAUAUUGAUAUUCUACAUAACAGUUAGGGUUUCUAGCAAUACAUAAUGUAUUUCCAAACUUGAGCUUUAUUAGUUUUACUCAAGAAAAUCUCCCAAAUUAAAAUAUGAAGAUAAGUUACAGCCUUCAUAUGAAAUGAUAAGUACUAAUUUACUAAAUAAUUUAUAUCUUUGCAUCAAAUGAGAUUUUGACAAGUAUAUGAAGCGUAGUUGAAUAUGAAACUGGAAUAUUAUUUUAUAUCAGACACUAACAGAUAUACUUUUAUCAGUGUUUAUAACUUUAUUCAAAACCUUUGAAUUCUUUUGAGGUAUAAGACACCUCUAAGGUGUGACGACUCACUGAUGAUGUGCAUGAUUUACAUCAUUCCUUCAAAACAUAUUUAUACUGAAA